GGAACUAAUGAAUAUGAUAUAAACUAAACAGAGGAGGUUGUUGACUGAUGGUGUUGUUGUAACAGUAGGAAUGAGAACCUAUCAGUAUCACGUGCUUCCCUUUCUCCUACUACCCGUCGUGUACGGUUUAAAAUGCUGUAACACGACAACAAGCUCAGACGGGCACGGCUACUCCAUCACCAGUACGCCCCAACUAAACGUUUCAGACCAGAUCUCAGUGUGCUUGUGGGUUAGGCCGUUACAGGACGCCGUGUACGACCUUGUUAGUUAUGUGGACCCUGAGAGAGUGCCGGUUUUAUACAUCUCCACUAGACAGGUAAUAUUCUCAAAUAAUACAGCAGCUGAUAUUACGAUAUUUGACGAGUCUACGAGUACUCACAUAUGUGUUACUUGGCACAUAGAUAAAGGAGUGACUACGUUCGUUAACGGAGAACAGCAUGGUGAAGUAUCAGAUAUAAGUAACGACACUGUCCUAGACUUGGACUUUACCGGCGUCUGGUCGGCAGGAUUGCAGUCAGAAGGUUCGAGAUAUCCCUCUAACGGUGGUCUUGUUGGUUCACUCUGUGGUUUCACACUCUGGUCUGAAGCUCUGCCCAGUUCUUAUAUAACAAGUUUAUACAAUAAUCAGAUGGAGGGGAGCACGGAGGGGUACACAAUUGAUGGGGAAAGUAGUACUGGGUUGGUAACCUCCCCACCUCCCUCCUACUCUUGGACUGAUUUCACACAUCACAACUACACAUCUGUAAAUGAGACCUUUUGUUACGUCGCACCAGUUCGGGCUGAGCGUCACGUGACUUACUGGACGACACCUGUUAGAGUUACGGAGGAACGAGACGAGAGGAGUAACAAUGGUAACCAUGGUAACAAUGGUACAGAAAACGCUGCACAACUGUCGGGAGGAGAUUCGCCUGAAAAGGGACACGGCAUACGGUUAGGGAGUCUGGAUCCAGUUGCUAGCAAAUUUGUCAUUCUGUUUCUGGUGAUUAUUGGAGUGAUUAUCGGCUUUGCUGGACUUUUUAUGUGCUCAGAACGAGAAAUCGCCAUCAAAAGAGCUCAGAAAAGAUUAAAAGACGAAGAGAAUUUCUCUAUCGACAAUGCUAGCACACAUUCAGUGACUUAGCCGCUCCAAAUAAUGGAAGUUAUUAUAAAGGAGUACUCAGUGCUGUUUAUUGUAAUCAACUGUAUCAAUGAAGCAUCUCGGGAACAAAUCAGCAUUUUUAUUGUCAUGCGAGAUGGACUUGAAGUAGGGAAUAAAAGAAUAAAUGAUUAUCCUUCAACAACAAGAGCUGCUGUUCAAAGAAUAACAUACAGACUGAACAAGCAGAAGAGGGCUUGAAAAUAACAAAAUUAAUUACUGUUAGAAAAGUAACAGUAGUUUAGUAUAGUUACUGCUUACUUUUAAAGUUAAGAAGUUAGUAUUGUCUGCGGGUAUAAUGAAAUCAGGACUUUCACUGCAAUUGAGUUAUUAUGUGAGAUUUAAUUUAUGUGAAAGUUAUCAGUUUCUUUGUUAAUAUCAUUUUCAUCAUAUCAAAAUGUAAA